AAGAGCUGCCCGGUCCCUUUUCUCUGCUGCACCAAAGCGGAAGUACUUCGUAGGUCCGCGAAGGCCAAGAUCAACUCUAGCGAAGCAGCAGCAAGAUGGCUCACAGGCUGCUGGUACGAAGACUUUGGACGCUCUCUGCGAAAGAUAUCCGCUCCCUCCCAGCAUCCACGGCCACGGCCGCGGCCUUCUCUUCUUCUUCUUCUUCUUCCUCCUUUUCCACUUCGCUGCAGUCAGCCCCAACGCGGCUCUCCUUCCUCUCUCCCUCCCGCACGCUGCCUGGCUCCCUCCCUCACACCUCCCGGCGCGAGGUCUCCUUUAACGUCCAGGACCACGAGGACUUCACAGACCGGGUCAUCAAAAACGAACUGCCCGUGCUCGUCGACUUCCAUGCACAGUGGUGUGGUCCCUGCAAGAUCCUCGGGCCAAGGUUGGAGAAGGCCGUUGCAAAACAGAAAGGCCGCGUUGCCAUGGCAAAAGUUGACAUCGACGAUCACACAGACCUGGCGAUCGAAUACGGGGUGUCUGCCGUUCCGACAGUAAUCGCCAUACGGGGAGGCGACAUCGUCGACCAUUUUGUGGGGAUCAAAGACGAUGAAGAGCUGGACUCGUUUGUCAGCAAGAUCAUCGGAAAAUAAACCAGCGCUCCCCGCCCUGCCAGUCACCGCCGUUACUGUGCUGUUUGGUAUGAUAUUUGGCCGCCAUCUUGAGCCAGUUUAGCAACAGCUGAUAUAUAAAAACACAACCAAAAAAAAAAAAAAAAAAACAACUUGCCACAAUCCCAGCUGGCAAACUCCACUGCUCACACCCAUCCCUAGACGCACUGCUUCAGCUUUGCAUUGUCUCUUCUGUCUUUGUCUCUUUCUGUUUGGUUUGUGUGUGUGUCUAGAGAUGGGUGUGUGCUUCCAUUAACCCUUUCAGUUCAUGCUCCAUUUUUUGGAGCAGUUCUGUUUCGGGUCUCUACUCAUUCACAAGAGCAGCCGGGCCGGUGUGCACAUUACAACGUUUGCUGUAAAAGUCUGUAGAAGUGAAAACGCGCCGCUGUACUGCACUCACACUGUAUUACAUGAGGGAUGAACAUUUGUAGUUUUAGCGGUGGAGAGGAUUUAACUUAAAAGCUGACGAUACUGGAUGAGGUUUUUUGUGACAGAGUUACCUGUAGUUCCUGCUUUUGUCCACACGAUGGUGGCGUUAUCUCUGACAUCACAAAGCCACGCAUGGUUAUUUUACACCAGUAUGCCUAACAAUAAUGUGAGAGAGAAAGAUGUUUGUGUGUGCGUGUGUGUCUCUGGGUCCUGACUGUGAAAUUUAAGUCAAGGGGGAAUCGCAAAUAUGAGUUUGAUUUUAGUUUUAUUAUUCAACUGAACUCCGUGUACCAGAAACAUGACCAAGUGAAGUAAUAAAAGUGUCAAAAGAA